AUGAGCUGCCUCCUCCGCCACUCCCUGCGCUCUCUCAAGACCGUGAACACCACGUCCAUCGCCAUUUCGCGUCCAGCUAUUGCCCACUUCUCUUCGGAUGGCAAAGUACACGGCGUUCCAGUGCAGAACACGCCUACGGAAGACCCGCAAGUGGUGAUCCCCGAGGUGCACCAGACGCUCGAGUGGUGCCUCUCGUCGCCCCCUCCUCUCCACCAGUUUGAUGAAGCCCCUCUGGUCAUUGAGACAUUUGGCGAUGUGGACCCGUACCACCACUAG